CCUUCAAAUAUUGUUCUGUGAUUUCAUAAUCAAAAUCCUUCACUCUCUUUUCUCUCACACUUCCACUCCCUUCCUCCUCCAAAUAUGUCCAUUGUUGAACUCGAUUUCUUCGCCAUGGAAAAUCAAUCCGCCGCCGCCGCCUCCAACUCCACUCUCUUCCGUCGCCAAAGAAGCCUCAAAGAUAUUCAGAGCGCCAUUUCCAAAAUCAAUCCCGCGAUUCUCAAAUCUCUCAUCGUCUCUGGCUCUGCCGAUCAUAAUCCUUCCGAUUUCACUAUUCCAAUUGCGAUUUGUCCGAAAUUCCAAUCGCCGCCUCCGUAUCGGAGUCCUAAUGGCGAUCAGAAUCUUUCGACACCACUGCCUGUUUAUUCCGCCUCUACCUCAAGGUUGAGUCCAGAGAUCGCUUCCAAUAAAUAUCCUCUAACGAUUUUUUACAAUGAAACCGUCGCCGUUUUCCACGUUUCUCGUGAAGAGGCUAAAAGCAUUCUGACGUUUGCUGAAAAGGGCAGCAGCGCAAGCAAUGGGAAGGGUGAAGCUGAAAAAGGGAAAUCAAUGGCUGAAAUUUCUUCAAAUCAGCACCAACAGCUGGUGAACGUUGAUCCUCAAGAUGAAGAUCUUCCAUUAGCAAGAAAAAGGUCGCUUCAAAGAUUUUUGGAGAAACGCAAGGAGAGGUUAAUUCCUGCUGGGCCCUAUGGUUGUCGCUAAUUCUAAUGAGUCAAGGGAAGACUACGAGUUAAUUGGGAAUUACUACUCUCAAUUUAUUCCAAAUAAGUACAAAUUUUGUACUAUUUAUUUCCAUUAGUUUAUUAUUUUAUUAGGGUUAGGAAGUUGUGCUUAACAACUUUGAUUCAAACUCU